UAUGUCGAAUCGGAAGCUUCUCUCCUAUGAAAACGCGUAUGUGAAACAGCCACCACCUUAUAAAAAGACAGAUUUUCGAUUACAACUUUGGAAAAAUGAACGAAAAGAAUUAAGAUUGAAAGUAAGAAGAGAAAAUUUUCAUGUUGCUAGAGGCGAUAACCUAACGAAUGCUCCGGUAUCUGUCGACACAUCUAAAGCUAGAUCUAAUAGCGAUGUCAUUCGACUUUGUCUCAGGGAACUUGGUUGGAAUGAAAAGGAAACGGCGUCCAAAAAGAAAUCUCAUAUUUACUGGCAUAGCCUCUCCUAUGAAGAUAACGAUAAUAUACCUCCAGCUGCAAGAGUCAAUAAAUUUCCCGGAAUGAUAAAUUGUUUAAGAAAAAUAGCUCUAUCCAGAACACUUGACGUUAUGGCGCGUUUGUAUCCAACAAGCUACGAUUUUCAUCCACAAUCAUGGAUAUUACCUACCCAAUGGAGUACAUGGUUUGAAGAUUUUGAAAGAAAACCAUCCAUUUAUAUUGUAAAACCGAACGACGGUACUCAUGGAAAUGGAAUUUACUUGUUAACCGAUCCCAGACGCUACGACGUUGGGGGAAAUAGAAAGCAUAUUGUUCAAGAAUAUUUGUCAAAGCCCUUACUAUUAGAAGGCAAGAAGUUUGACUUAAGAAUUUAUGUCGUGAUUUCCAAUUUAGAGCCUUUAACUGUUCACGUCUGUCGAGAAGGUCUUGUUAGAUUGUGUACAGAAGAUUAUAGAUCACCGAAUACUUCUAAUUUGCACAAGGUUCACAUGCACCUGACAAACUAUUCACUGAACAAAUCCAGUCCAUCCUACGUUCACACGGACGAUGUAAACGACGGUAACAAGAGAACUGUUACAGCUUUAUUAAAAACUUUGAGGAGUUGCGGUUACGAUGUCACUAUGCUUUGGUCCAAUAUUGUUGAUGUUGCAGCAAAAACUGCCAUAUCUAUAGCCCCUCAACUGCAGGUAGAAUUGCGUGCAAUAACAGCACCUAGACCACAACCUUUUCAAAUACUCGGCUUCGAUCUACUUGUUCUGAAUAAUUUAAGUGUUUCGUUACUUGAAGUGAACGCCUGUCCAUCAUUGAGGAUUGAUUAUGAUCAGUCUAUUGCUCCUGGAAUAACUGAAACUAUACAUAGUGCCGUUGAUGAGGAAAUCAAGAAACCUCUUGUGCAAGAGACGCUCAAACUAGUAGCACCUCCUCACGCAAACGUCGAUUGUGAUGACACUAUUCUGGAAGAGGUCUUACCCUUGAGAGCUGACGAGUACAGGUGUUAUUGUAUAAUUGAUCGUAUUGUAAAGAUAUUCACAGCUAGUCUUGGAGUGAGGGCUACCCUACGCAUGAAUCAUACAGCUUUCAGGAAUUUUGCGCGAAGAUGUAAACUAACAGGAAUUACUGGAGGUGUUAGUUCAGCUUCGAUAGAUUUGUUAUACUUGGAAGUUCAGAGAAGGUCAGAGCAUGUUGAGGACUCUGGUAAAUCAGGCUUGUGCUAUCAAGGUUUCCUAGAUGCUUUUCUCUCUUUGGCAAAGAUUAAGUAUUCAUCCGCUGAUAAUCUACUCGAAUCAGUAUUAAGUUUGAUUGGCUAUUGCGAAACUCAAUUAAAUAAUCACUCUCUUCCCCCGGCUUACAAGCCUCUUCUAAAGAAGAGAACGUCGUCUGGCAAUACAUUUACAAAGCAACUUGUAGACGAUCAUUAA